AUGGCGGUCCCACGAGCUUCCUCUCCCGCAUCGCGCGUUGGCUCGCCGGGCCCAUUGACACCGCGGUCCAAGAUAAGAGCCCUGCUGGCAACGGUAGAGAGCAGCGACGACGAGGAGUCGCAGACAGGCAACAAGAAACCAAAAUCAUCACUAAUUUCUCAACUACCUCGCAAGAUGUGCAGCAGUCCUCGACGGGCUCAGGACGACGAGUCUGACGAGUCAGACGUUGCAAUCCGACCGAGGGGCAAGCUCGCGUCCAGGAUGCAGGGUGGUGGUGCGGCAGCCACAGAGAGCGCUUCUCGGAGCCCUGCGACCGCAGAGUCGGCAAGAGACCGCGUGAGGAGGAUGCUGCAACGCGAGGAGGCCGAGAAACAGGGGAAUUCGGCCACCGGCGAUGACGAAGACGACGACCUUCCCACUGCCCCUAGGCGGUUGACGCGUCGGGCUCCCGUCGACGAUGAAUCUGAUGCUGACGCUGCGGAAACAGCGCCCAGACCCAACAGCCCUGGACUCUUUGUCUCGUCCCCGAUGCGUCCUUCUCCAGCCAAGAGCGCUGCCGCGGGGGAUGACUCAGACAAUGAUUUGCCACCGUUGAAAUCAGAGCGGUUCAAGGCGCUUGUCGAGCGAAAGAGACAAGAACGCCUUGCGCGCGAAGCGGCUGAGGAGGCUGUCAGGGCUGAACGGCGAGCCCAGCAAGAGCAUCUUGCGUCCGAGCUGGAGCAGCUCGUUUCAGAUGAAGAUGUCGACGGCAUCACUGACGAUGAAGGCGGCAGACGACUUACCCAAGAAGCUCGCCCGUCGAGGAAAGCGAGCAGGAAGGCGAUUGAGGAAAUGAACAGGGAGACGCAGCGGAUGGCCAGAAGUAUGCAGCUUGCUCACGAUGCCAAGACAAGGAAGAAGAUCUCCAAAGCCAGCCUUUUUGAGCGGUUCAGUUACAAGCCUGUUGGCUGGUCUGAAGUCAGACUACCUGGUGCCAACAGCUCUAGCCGACCCACGACGCCGCAGUCCGAUGUCGAGAUGGGAGAAGCCUUUACACCUCCUAGUUCCCCCCCCCUAGAUAAGCAGCAUGAUCAGCUUGUUAAUGAGAAUGCUGCUGUUCCAAAAGAAGGCAUGGAGGCUGCAGCUCAAGGAAGAGUCGACAGGGAAAUCAGCCUCAUACCGGCAAGUGUGGAGGCCGGUCAACAGUCAAAACCAAAGCGAAGAGUUCGCGUUCGACUGCCUGUUGCGCCCAUGAAUGCGGCUGUAAUCGAUGCGGAUGGCGAUCUUCAGAUCACGACUUCGGCCAAAGACAAGAUUGAUGCACUAUUUGCAAACAUUCCUUCCAAAAAGUCAGGCGAGGCACAAUCGUUACAGAUUUUCCGUGCUCUAGCACAAGUGAAGUCUCCUGGCAAGGAGAGUCGCGGCAGGAAAGACCAGUCCAAGAUGUCGCCUGGUGAGCUUCAGGCUUAUUUGCAACUUAAAGCCCGCCAACAGGCCAAACUGGAGCGUGAUCGCCGCUUGGAGAUUCUCAAGGGACAAGGAAUCAUUAUCCAGACCGCUGAAGAGCGGGAAAGACAAGAGCAAGAGGUCGAGGACAUUGUGGCCAAGGCCAGACAAGAGGCCCAGAAGAUAAUGGAGGAGGAGAGAGGCGAGGCCAAGCGACAACAAAAGAAGAAUGGCCAAGUCGAUCCUCUGGCUUGGGAUGACAGUGACGACGAAGAGAACCAGGUUGCGGCGCAGGGGGUGGACGCGGAGGCGUCCGAGGUGGAAAUCUCCGGUUCCGAGGAUGAGGAUGAGGACGAGGCCGAGGCCGACAAUGCAGAAGAAGUCGAAAGAGCCGCAAAUCCUCUCUUUGACGAGGAAGCCGACUCUUCCGUAUCCGAGGCCGAGACUUCUGUUCAAAGCGAGGACGGCGCGGACGAGAUGGAGCAACCAGGCCCGAGACAGCGAAGAGCACGAAACAUGGCCACAGUGCUUUCGGAUGACGAAAGCGAAGUGGAGGCUACACCCAAACCCGUAAAGGUUACUACUACUCAGAUGACGCCUGCGGGUGCGGGCACCAUAUCUCCCUUCGCUCCUGGUUCAGUUCUGCGAUCUGCCAGAAAGACAUUUAUUCCUGGACUGCCCGUUCAGGGGCCCGCUGGCUUGGGACUCACACAAAUAUUUGCCGGCACCAUGGACAGUCAAGUGAGCUAUUCUGAGGGCGGACCAACGCAGUCCAUGAUGCCGGAUUUCGACCACUUCCCUGACUCCAACUUUUCUGCCACGAUGGACGAGCCGGCAGAAGAGACGACUGUCGAUUCUCAACAAGAGGAGACUCAGGGGGUGCAGCUCAACCUUUCACAAUCUCAGAUGCAUGGUCUCGGGACGCUCAUCGCCGACGGGAUGCAGACACAGACGUCUGAGAUGCUGGAGCUAUCCCAGGACGCGGGCUUGCAACAGCUCAGCCCCCUCCGAGAUAGAUUCAUUGAGCCUCCCUUCUCAACGGUUGAUACCGUGAUGGUUGAGAAGCAGAACGAGGACACGGCCCAGGAGUCACCGAUAGUUCGCAGAGGCCGGCUCCGGCGACGAAUGGACAUGUCGGUCGCGGAGACUGCCAUCCCCGAAACCAGUGAGCCCAGGACACCCGGCGCUCAAGGCAACGCCUUCCAGGCCAUGCGCGACGCAGCCAGGAAAGAGAAGAGACUUCGCGUCGCCGAAGAUUUCGACCGUAGGAAGAGCAAGGCCAAAGAAAUGGUCGAGGAGCAGGCCGAAGAAUCCGAGGAUGAAUACGCUGGUCUGGGUGGUGUGGACGGCGAGGACAGCGACCAUGAUUCCGACGGCUCAGUGGCGGAGAUGAUUGACGACGCGGCCGGCAACGACAACGACGAGCGAAAGCUAGCCGCGUUUUAUGCUGAUCGCGAACGAGCCAACGACGAGCAACAAGUCGAAAAGCUCUUCAGGGACAUCACCACGGGCAUGCUCCGGCGCAAACGCCGCGGCGGGGACUUUGACCUCUCCGACUCGGACUCGGACGGCGAGGCUCGCAGGCGCAUGAAGCGCCGACAGUUCGCCAAGAUGCAAAAGGCGCUCUUUGCAGACGAGCGGGUCAAGAAGAUUGCCGAAAACCCCGGGAACCAAGCGUUUCUGAGAAGCAUGGAGGACCGCGGCAGCGACGACGAGAUGGACCUGCUGGACGCCCCUGACACGCCGGAUUCUGAAUCGCACAACGAGACCCAAGAGCAAGCGCGGCGUCCUGCUACCGUCAUCCCCGACAGCCAGCCCGUGCAGCAACAGCCGCCCUCUCCGACGGCAAACAACACCCGGGCACCCGCACGCAUGCGCAGGACAAAGAAUGCCAAGAGGCCCUCCAACAUUGGUGACGUGCGGGAGACGCUCUCCAACCUCCUCGAGGAGCCACACGGAUCCAUGGUUCCCGCCACAGAAGUCGGCUCCGACGGCGAAGAAGAAGAAGAAGGACAAGACGACGACGGCGACUCAUCACGCGGCGACAAGGAGGACCAACCCGUCGUAGAUCGAAUCGCUCUCAAGCGCACCCUCUCGUGUGCUGGCUCCACCGUCCGCAUGGCCUUCACCACGCAGACACGGUCGUCCUUCAAGGUCCCGGCGCUGCUCAGACGAGCCACCACAAACUCGACCCUCGUGUCCGGGUCCGCGGGCGGUUCGGCCCCGAGCGGCGGGGCAGGGUUCGGCGACGACGCCAAGAUCAAGAAGGCCGCCGGCAAGAAGAGCGGCAUCGGCGGAUUCGCCAGGCGGACGGAGCACAGCGCCAGGGUGCAGGAGACCGAGAGGCGGAGGCAGGAGAGGCGCGUCGAGGGCGCCAGGGGCCGGCUCGGCAUGGUCGGCGGCAUCUUGGGCAAGGGCACGUUCGAGUAG